CAGGGGAAGACAAAGUGCGACUCUCUGAAACUUUUAUCUGAAAAAUGACCACCACUCGGAAAUUCAGAUGAAGAAGAGGCUAGGAAGCUGUGCCAACACAAUGAUGCGGUUCAACAAGCGGGCGUUUGUGUGCCUGCUCGCCCUGUGUAUAGUCCUCACAUGCUUCUCAUUCUGGUCACGCUGCACCACCAGCACAAACCCAGAAAGGCAAGCAGUGUCCACAGAAGAGUCGGACCAGGCCCUGCACUUCCACAACCGGAACGCCAAGAACUACGACCUGCCGGUCGAGAUGGAGAUCCCGGUUGCCGCUGCAACAUCGCCCAUGCACGACGUGGAUUGCGACAUCAAUCACCAGUACAUCGUCCAUUGUCGCCGAGAGAAUGACGAGAUCUACAUGCCAUUCAGCUUCAUCAAGAAAUACUUUGAGGUUUAUGGAGAGCUGCAGUCGGUAGAGGACCAGGAGAAGUUUGAGUUCUCUCACAGCUACUCUGAGGUCCACCAGCCCCCUGACGUGAUCCGACCAGACGGCAUCUUCAUGUCCUUUGAGCAUUACAAUGUGGAGAUACGCAAACGUGUGCUGUGUGUCACUGCCACAGAAGGUGUGCCAAUGUCAACACAGUGGGAGCCAGCUGGUCACUACUAUCCCAUCCAGAUCGCCCAGUUCGGCCUGUCCCACUACAGCAAGCAGAUCGUCGAGGGCGACCCAGAGGUCACGACCCUGCUGAGCGGCAACGACCUUGACCUAGAUAGGUGGCUGGUCGCCAGUAAGACCACAGUUCACAGUCUGUUUGACAAGAUGCGCCUGUCUGAUGUGAUUGAGUUCCAGUCGUCAGACUCCUUGACCAAUCAGGGUUUCCAUGCAUCAAUGAAAGAAGGCUCACACUUUGCCCUUACCAUGGAUAUUAAGUUUAUCUCAAACGGGAGCAUCACAGCGACCAUUCGAAGUGACUCCAACACAUUCCGUGUUCAUUAUGUUUUCUCAAGGCGGCUCAUAUCUUGCAGUGGAAGAGACAUUUACUACGGACUCGGUGAAAAUCAUCUUGGGAAGUGGAUUCAUUUAGCGAGAGACAUCGACCUUGAUUUAUUCAAGGGUCUGGCUCUGAAGUGUUCAAAAUCGAGAAAAACAAAGGAUUUUACGUUGUUAGACAUUGCCAUUCGUGGUCACGGGUGGGUAGAUAACGUGACGAUAUCGUCUUCUGCACACAUGGAUAAUUUCUACGAUGCUGCCAACUGGUUCUUGAACAAUCAAGACACAAGGGGUGGCUGGCCAAUCGGCGUCCAGCGUAAGCUUAUUCCUGAUGUUAUGGAGCUAGCGCCAGGCUGGUAUUCAGCCAUGGCUCAGGGUCAAGCCAUGUCCACAUUAGUGCGAGCGUACCUAAAAUCUAAUAACAACGUGUAUUUACAUGCGGCUGAAAACGCUCUGAAAAUAUUUGAAAUCAGCAGUGCUCAGGGCGGUGUCAAGGCAAGAUUUGGCGACACCUAUGACUGGUAUGAGGAGUAUCCCACUACUCCGAGUAGUUUUGUGCUUAACGGGUUCAUUUUCUCCCUUUUUGGACUCUACGACUUGAAACAAGUCGCGAGCGGCGAGGCGUUAGAAACAGUGACACGUUUGUAUAACGAGGGACUACGGUCCCUGAAAGCAAUGUUGUUGAUGUACGACUCGGGUACGGGUACUUUUUAUGAUCUCCGUCACUUGACCGUGGGUCUUGGCCCUAAUCGCGCCCGCUGGGACUAUCACACAGUGCAUAUCAGUCAGCUUCUGCAGCUCAGUCGCAUGGAAGACGAUCCGCUCUUUGCUAGGACAGCCAAACGCUGGGACGAGUAUCGCGUGGGCAAAUGGGCACCUCAUAAUUAAAAAUACCUGGCGUUGUGUGUGUUAUAAGAGUGGAAUAUAGCCUUUUUGGAAGUUAUAAAGUGUGGUAUGUAGCCUAUCACAGAAAGGUCGAAAUAUUGGAAUGUUACCAAGAGUGGUGUGUCGUUUAUCAUGGGAAGUUACAAAGAGUGAAGCCUAUCAUGGGUAGUUACAAAGAGUGGAAUGUAGCAUAUCAUGUGAAAUAUAGUCUAUCAUGUGAAGUUACAUGUUGGUGACUUCUUAGUAUUGGCAAGAUCCACAGUACAACUCUAGACAGCUUGUAGUCACACUGAGGAAUCAAGAGUUCUGUGAUAAUUGUGUUUUGAUGGAAUGAGCGGUUGUGUUCAUUAUUCAUUACAAAAAGCAAGAAACUAUCUGCUUAUUCCACAGAUAUGGAUGUUCAACAGGAAACCUGGCUAAAGGAAGUUAAGUAAACGCAGGACAACUGCAGAAGAUUGUUAUAUUGUCUCAAAGGGACACAAGAAAAAUGUUUUCAUAAACCAUGAGACAAUUUAUGACUAUGUGGCUAUCUGUAAUAAACAGAUAAUAAACAGACAAACUUGCUUCAGGCAGUCUCAAAGUCCAAGGACAGAAACGAACGGAAA